CACUGUGACGUAUCUCACUCGAUAAGAUGAGCAAACGAUUGAAGCUGGCCGGUUUCUCAUCGAGAACCUUACGUUCGAGCAAAACUCUCGUCGACGCGGACUCCUCGGAGAAAACGUCAUCCUACUUCGCCGACGAGAAAAAAUCAGCGAGAACCGCCGCGAAGAAACGUACACCAGUCAAGAUCGAAGUGACAGACGAUGAAACAGAUGUCAAAGAUAUCAAGAGUGUGACGCCGAUUGUAGUAAAAAGCGAAGAUGCGGAAGUAUCGGACAUAAAAGAUAUUAAACCCGAGGAACUUGAAACGAAGAACGAGAAACAAUCGACAGACUUGAAGAACAGUAAGGAUGAGAAGCGAUGGAUGCCGCCAAAUUGGGAGACCAUUCUUGAAAACAUUAAAGAAAUGAGAAAGCAUGAGACGGCUCCAGUUGACACGAUGGGUUGCCACAAGUGUACGGACCCUAAUGCCAACCCUGUGGUGUCCAGGUACCAGUCGUUGGUGGCCCUGAUGCUAAGUAGUCAAACAAAGGACCAGGUUACACAUGCCGCUAUGCAGCGGCUAAACAUGUAUGGCUGUAAACCAGAUAUAAUAGCAGCUACUCCGGAUGAUGUUCUGGGCAAACUUAUAUAUCCAGUUGGAUUUUGGAAAAGGAAGGUGGAAUAUAUAAAAAAGACAUCAGUGAUUCUUCUAGAUAAAUACAGUGGAGACAUACCAAAAACAGUAAAGGAAUUAUGUGACUUGCCAGGUGUGGGUCCCAAAAUGGCUCACUUAUGCAUGCGAGUUGCAUGGGGAGAGGUAUCUGGCAUUGGCGUGGAUACACAUGUUCAUAGAAUUUGUAAUAGAUUAGAAUGGACAAAGAAGUCAACUAAAACACCAGAGGAAACGCGAAAGGAGUUGGAGGGUUGGCUUCCCAAACCUCUGUGGAGUGAAGUAAAUCAUCUCCUUGUCGGUUUUGGUCAAGAAACUUGUCUACCUCGAUUUCCAAAGUGCUCGGAAUGUCUCAACAAAGAUAUUUGCCCGUACUCCUCUAAAGGCAGUGGAAAGAUGAAGAAGUAAUAAAUACACAUUUUUAUGUAUACACAAAGUUUUUUACAAAUAUAUUUAUUUAAAGU